GCGAGAAACCCACAAUAAACUACGUAGCCGUAAGUCGUAGGCAUUCUCGCUUGCGUUUGAACAUAUGUCACAGUUCUGUGAAUGCACCCAAAGUGACCCAUUGCAUGUCUUCAGCCUCAUGCCGUUCUCAUUUAAUACCUUGCGCUCCGGAGCGCGGCUCUGCCGUCUUCGUGGUCCGCCAUGUCCAAACACCCAGGGGUCUAAGACUCAGUGCACCCUCAUACUCGCACUCGAGCGCACAUCAUGCGAACAGCUGCCAGUGACGCCCCAAUGGGCUCAAACCCGCUUCGUCAACUUACAUACAAGCGCGCCCAAUUUGUCACCUGUCCUGCCUGUCGCCAUGGAGGCACCACCGUCUUAGCAAAGGAACGCCUCGCCGGAUGGCGAUAUGCAGCAUGCACUGGCGUCAUCAUCCUCUUCGCGCCUCUCACUUUGGGGACAACACUAAUCAUGUUCCCGUUCCUACUCAGACCUCAAUUUGUCACCCACUCCUGUCGUCGCUGCGGUCUCCGCCUCGCCAUCGCUACAAGCGGCGUGGGCGAGUGCCAAUACACGAUACCAGUGGAUGUCGAAGACGAUAAUUUCGUCCCGGCGCCUGAUGAUUGGCGUCCUGAUCUCGCCCGGCUGCCCAGUGGUUUGCGCGUCGCGAGGUCACCGUUGGGGCCGCGCCCCGAGAUAUCCGAGCGCGAGAUGAAAGUCUGCAACAAACGUUUUAUAAAUACGCAUCCGCGCGCGCGGUUAACGCUCCUCGCCACCGACUCGUCAGGCAGCCCUAUUCGUUGCAUGCUGGAGGGAAGCGUCCGCGGGGGUGAUCAACAGCCUUCUUCAAGCAGGCAAUACGAUGCGGAGGUGCUCUAUGAAAUCCAUGCCAGCGGCAUCGACGCGUUGGAUUCACGUUACGCCCAAGAUGCCUGCAUCAAGGUCAUGAUGCGGCCGCCACCACAAGACGCUGUCGCGGAGGAUUUGCCAUCCUAUACGAAACAGCCCAUAGAUGCCGGCAAAAAGACACCUGCCAGCCAACAGGAACCAACAGGGGUGGCAUCGAUGAGCGCACAAACGCCUCAACCCUUUACUGAAGCAUGCCGCGUCUCUCUUUUUUCAACUUCUAAGAGCAAAUACUCUUCCGCCAUGUACCUUCCGACCCAAGCAACCUCUGACAGCGCACCCAGCCACAUGCCCGGCCGUCGUGAAACUGUCUAUAUCAAUGCCGUCCCGGCCCACCAGCGGGCGCAGUUCUCAGGCGGCAUGCCUAUUUGGCGGUGGCAAUCAUCCCAAGGUGGCCUUCUCUGGGUAUCUCGCCGCUUUCGGGACGCCGAAAUGGCAGGAAUCGAAACGAAACUUUGCCUCGUUGAUGAUUAUGAUCGGCUUGUGGCGGUGCUGGAUCGUUGGGACGGGCUGCGCUUCUCGUCCCCUGCGGAUGACUUGUAUAGAGGAGGUGGCCUGGGGCGCAAGAGCGUACUGACUCUGUACGCGGAUCUCGGCGCGGCGCUGCUGGGAGAAGUGCUAGGAAGCCUGUGUACCCUAGCGGUACAAGUAAAGCGUGUUACGACCGAGAUGAAGAAGGAGCAGGAUGAGAGGAGGCAGAAUGCUUAUUGAUGUGUUAAGACUUUCGAGGACCUCUUCAUCAAAGUCCAACAGCCAUGCUGUCGAACGAAGACGGUCGGAUGGCCGAGUUGAACUUGAGAGUCGCCAAAGCUACGCACAUCUGCGGUGUGGCCCUUGAUGCAGAAGACAGAAACAUCCAAGCUUCAGUAUUAUAGCAUUAGAUGCAAAGCUACAUGAAUCAAACGUUCCAAACUCUUCAUAAUUAGUCGACCCAAAGAAUGCGCAUCUGCUUUCCCCUUGACUCUACGCUCGCUUAUGCCACCUUAAUUUUCU